AUGGUCCGUCUACCACUGCCCCAGCGCUUCAUCAGCUCCAAGAGCACAACUCCCAUCCAGCAGAGUCGAAACCCAAGUCCAUUGAGGUCGCCAAUGGAUUCCACACUAACACUCAAGGUCAAUGUGAUCAAGGGAAGGGAUCUAGCAGCAAAGGAUAGAGGUGGCACGAGUGAUCCUUACCUGGUCGUCUCCCUCGGAAGCGCACGCGAGUCGACCCCAACGAUCAGCAAGACUCUGAAUCCCGAUUGGAAUGUCACGUUUGAGCUGCCCGUAAGCGGCGUACCCCUCUUGGAGUGUGUGUGCUGGGACCGUGAUCGCUUUGGGAGGGAUUAUAUGGGAGAAUUUGAUAUUCCAUUAGAGGAGAUUUUCGCCGAGGGCGAGACUCAGCAUCAGCCCAAAUGGUACACAUUAGAGUCCAAGCGGAGACGAGGCAAGAAGAAGGAGAGUAUAGUCUCAGGGCAGAUUCUUAUCCAGUUUUCUCUGGUUGACACUGCCAAUCUCGGCGCAAAUCCUGCCGAUACCUAUCGAAAAUUCAGAUCCAUCGUGUGCGCUGCAGAAGAGGAAGACGAUACCGCGCUAGACUCGGUUGAUCAGGAUGAAAAUGACAAAGAUGAAGAGACUUCGGACGAGACUGAUGAUCCUACCAAACCCGAAAUCGUGGAAAAGCGAAGGCGUCGGUUACGUAUCGCGCGACUGAAGCGUAAAUCACUCGCCGCAAGAGCAUAUCAAUUCUCAGGCGCCUCGAACGGGGUUCAAGGAGUAAUCUUUCUCGAAAUUAAUAAAAUCACCAACCUCCCACCAGAGAAAAACGUGACUCGAACUUCCUUCGAUAUGGAUCCCUUCGUGGUAACAUCACUAGGACGAAAGACUCUUCGUACGAGGGUCAUCCGCCAUAAUCUGAACCCUGUUUAUGAUGAAAAGAUGGUGUUCCAAGUCAUGAAACACGAACAGUCAUACACCAUGAGCUUCACAGUGGUUGAUCGUGACAAAUUAUCUGGGAACGAUCUUGUGGCAACCACCGAACUCCCACUUCAGACAUUGAUAGCAGCUGCUCCAGAGGCCGACCCCGAGACGGGUUUGUACAAAUUACAGGAGCCAUCUAAGCCAGGCCAGCCAUUGCAGUCUCAAAGAUCGCGCUUUCGGCUGCCCAUGUCGCGCUCCAACUCUGCAAGUAGUCUGAGCAAGUCGUCGAAACCAACUUUAACAUCCCAGUCGUCCAAUCCUUCGCUUCUUACCACACAAACAAGGUCUGAUCAAUCUCCCCCGACCCCUCCUACUACCGUUCCUUCUGAGAUGAGUCCUCCACUUCUUGAUGUCCCGAGCACUAGUAGUCUCUCGUCAAAAAUUGAUGAAACACCUCCGUCGCCUCAAGGCUCUCUGGCUAGCGAAGAUCUCAAGACAUAUACAAUUCCGCUUCUGUUGAAGAAUAAGGAGAGAUGGGAGGACAAAUACUCCCCAGAACUUUACAUAAAGGCGAAAUAUAUGCCGUAUAAAGCUCUUCGGCAACAGUUCUGGAGGGUCAUGCUCAAGCAGUACGAUGCUGAUGAUAGCGGCGGGCUAAGUAAAAUUGAGCUUACCACCAUGCUUGAUACUCUCGGGUCGACUCUGAAAGAAUCUACUAUCGACAGCUUCUUUAGCAGGUUCUCUGCCGAGAACGAGUCAGGUGAAUUUAACGAUUUAACCUACGAUCAAGCUGUGAUCUGUUUGGAGGAUGCUCUACAGAAAGUACAGAAGAGUAACUUUGGCGGACUCGACUCCAAGCUUCGAAAACUAGUGCCCAGCUCUCUAUCUUCGACUGGGGAUCGUACCCCAGACACUUCUUCUGGUGCGGAUGAGACAACUGAUUUAGAGGGCAUGGAAAGCCAGCCACAGCAAUUAGAUCUGUCUGGAUUCCCCGAGGGAGAGCAGCCUUCUCCAGGAUAUGGUGAAUUGGCACCUGAUGACCUUGCGGAUGAGCGAGGUGAAGAGCACAUCAUUGAAAUCGGGGAAUGUCCACUAUGUCACCAGCCACGUCUGAGCAAACGCUCUGAUGCGGACAUUAUCACCCAUCUUGCAACGUGCGUAAGUCAAGACUGGCGACAGGUUGAUAAUAUUGUUAUGGGAGGCUUUGUUACGUCCAGCCAAGCACAGCGCAAAUGGUACAGCAAAGUUGUUACUAAAAUUGGAUAUGGCGGAUACCGGCUUGGUGCCAAUUCGGCGAAUAUCCUGGUGCAGGACCGCAUCACCGGUCAAAUAAACGAAGAGAAAAUGAGUGUCUAUGUUCGUCUUGGUAUUCGCUUGUUAUACAAGGGUAUCAAAAGCCGCGACAUGGAGAAGAAACGAAUUCGGAGGAUGCUCAAGUCUCUAAGUAUAAAGCAAGGGAAGAAGUAUGAUGAUCCAGCAUCUGCUAGUCAGAUCGAGAGCUUCAUCAGUUUCCAUCGACUCGAUAUGUCUGAGGUUCUGGAACCCGUAGAAAACUUCAAGACCUUCAAUGAAUUUUUCUAUCGCAAAUUAAAGCCGGGCGCAAGACCUUGUUCAGCCCCCGACGAGCCGAGAAUCGUGGUCUCUCCUGCUGAUUGCCGCAGUGUGGUUUUUGAUCGCAUUGAAGACGCUACCAAGAUCUGGAUCAAAGGCCGAGAAUUCUCUAUAGAGCGUCUGCUAGGGAAGGCUUAUCCAGAAGAUGUUACACGUUAUAAGAACGGCGCUCUUGGAAUAUUCCGACUUGCACCCCAGGACUAUCAUCGUUUCCAUAUUCCUGUGGACGGAAUCCUCGACACCCCGAAGACCAUCGAAGGUGAAUACUAUACAGUCAACCCGAUGGCCAUUCGUUCCGCUCUCGAUGUGUAUGGCGAGAAUGUCCGAGUACUAGUACCCAUUGACUCUGUGGCUCAUGGUCGGGUAAUGGCGGUAUGUGUUGGUGCCAUGAUGGUUGGAAGCACCGUGAUCACUCGGAAACCCGGCGAGAAGGUGUCUCGUGGCGAGGAAUUAGGCUACUUUGCUUUUGGCGGCAGCACCGUUGUGCUACUCUUUGAACCUGGAAAAAUCAACUUUGAUAGUGAUCUAGUUGACAACUCCAAGGGUGCACUCGAAACACUGAUUCGUGUAGGCAUGUCCAUUGGCCACAGCCCAGAUGUGCCGCAAUUCGAACCUGACGUGCGGCAAAAGGAGCAGGAGAUCUCCCAAGAGAUGAAAGAGGAAGCUCACCGUAGGAUCGUGGGGUCAUUGGCGUUGGGUCAAUUGCGUUGGUGGGGUCGCUCAUCGAAUCAGAAGCCUCGGUCGGGCGCGUCUAUCUUCGGAAGCGCGACCCGUGCUUUUCAAUCCAAGUUACUCACUCUGGGUCGCUUCAUCUUCGACAGAAUUUUGCGCAUGGGAACGGUGUCACGAGAAAGCGUCAUAUGCGGAGGACAAACAGCACGCAAAUUACUGUCGAAAACUACGAUUGAUCCAUCGGGAAAGAGGGGUGUGAGGGUCAUAGAUCCGCUGAAGACCACCAAGUACCACGAUCGCGCGAACAAGACGAACGAUAGCAACAACGUUUUUACGACUUUCACGAAAACUUGCGAAUUUUCGCCGACGCAUAUCGAAUUACCUGCUAUGACCACCACGGUCUUGACGGCAACAUCCACAAGGACCGCUCGCCGUGAACCUUUGAAAGUGAUCGAUAUGGCGGCGUCGCAGGGCCGACCUGCGUCGUCGUCGUCAGUACGCGGAAAUAGUGAAAAGGGAAAAGGGACGCGAACCAGCUCGCGCUUGAAUGCAAAGGACGAUGGUGACGAUGAGGGCGCUGCUCCUCCGAAAUCAGCACAUGGGAGACCUACGCGAAAUGCAUCGAAACGAAAUGCCGCUGAGUACGACGAAGAUAUUGGAGGCUUUCAGUUUUCGCGAGCGACGGUCAAAAAGUUGAAAUCAGCGCCGGCUGUAAAUAACGUUGCAAUAGAAGAACCAGUCGUGCACUCACCGCGAAGAGGACGUCCGCCAAAAUCGCAUCCGGCUGAAUCAGCCGAAGAUACAACAAUUGAAGAUGUUGGAGCUGGCACAAAAAAGACCAAAGCCACCAGAGGACGGCCAAAAAGGGUGUCAGCAGAGUUACAAGCUGAAGUGCCGAGUAGACAAACUCGAAAACGUGACGAAGAGCCCCCGUUUCCGAUAGAGAAACCUGCAAAGAAAGGUCGACCCGCCAAGACAAAACUUCCUGUUGAUAUCAGCUUGCGAUCGCCGGAGCCUUCUCAAGGCGCUACCUCAAAAAUUGCUUUACCUGUGGCCGACACGCCCGUCAUAAGAAGGAAUAAGGAAAUGAGGGAAGGACGAGACGGAAAGGGACAAAGAAGGAAUAGCUUGGGAAUGAGAGGUCGACGAGCAAGCUCGCUGAUAGACUCAGGAGCAUCAAACGCACUUCCGCAUAAAGAGGUUCCGACCUCUGAAUUUUAUAAACACAUCGCAAGCGAUGGAUUGCCGGAGCCCCGCCGGAUGAGACAGUUGAUGACUUGGUGUGCGACUCGUGCGUUAGACGAUAAGCCCUCAGGAUCUCGUUCUGAUGAUGACAGCGCCAGAUUAGCAGCUCGAGUCAUACAAGAGGAACUACUUCAGGAUUUUUCGAACAAAUCCGAAUUAACGAACUGGUUUGCGCGAGAAGAUGCACCUGCUCCUGCGGUCAUUGUCAAGAAGCCGAAUCCGAAAAAUGUACAAAAUGCUGAGAAGAUUAAAGAAUUGGAGGAGCAAAUACGAAAAUUACAAAAUGAGAGACACGCACUCAACGCGUUACUGCGACAGCCUUCAAUACCACCACUAGGACCGCCUCCUAGCGAGCCGACAGCAAAAGACGAUGCUACUUCAAAGAAUUUGCCAGUCAUUGAUGAGGCGAUAUUAGAUCUUUCGCAGCGAACAAUAAUAACCACGCUCGCACCCGACGGCCUUCGAAUACAUCGUGAAGGAGGACCAAGUGACGAGAACAUACUUCCUACAUCAACGACCAAUCCGCCUUUACCACCUGCUACAAUAUCUCGCCGCCUAUCACGUAUCACUUCGCAUCUGGCUCCGACACUGGAUGCCUUUGCUUCAGGACUUCAUGACAUUGAUAUUUACCGCUCCACGGCAGAUCGUCUUUCCCAUCAGAUACUGAAAGUAUGCUCCGAUCGUCUCGAAGAGCGAGACAGCCGAAUCGCAAAGGGCAUCCUUGAAGACGAUGCUCCAAGCAAAGCCGACUCGCAUGGGGAUGGCAACAGCAAAGACACUCGCCAAAUGGCAUUGCGGACACGACAAGCAAGACAGCAAAAGGAAGAUAUCAGUCUAAUAUUAGGGGCUCUAAGUCGUGUAGAAAGGAGAUGA